AUGACAGUCACCUACUCUCGCAGGGUUGCAGAUGCAGGUCUGGGGACCUUUUUUCACCUGCUCCUGCGCUGGAAGGGCAGCAUCUAUAAACUACUCUACAGAGAGCUCAUCAUCUUCACUCUUCUCUACUACUUCUUCAGUAUUGUUUAUAGGUUUGUGUUCAAUGAGGACCAGAAGAGGCUGUUUGAGAAGCUGGCAAUAUACUGUGACCGCUACGCUGAGCUCAUCCCAGUGUCCUUUGUUCUUGGUUUCUAUGUAACCUUGGUGGUGUCCCGUUGGUGGGGUCAGUUUGAGAAUGUCCCCUGGCCAGACCGCCUGGCAGCUUUAGUAGGUGGUCAUGUUCGUGGAGCUGAUGAGGCUGCCAGACUGACUCGAAGAACUCUGAUGAGAUAUGCCAACCUCUCUGGCGUGCUCAUCUACCGCUCCGUCAGCACAGCUGUCUACAAGAGGUUCCCUACCAUGGAGCAUCUGGUGCAGGCAGGUUUGAUGACGUCAGAGGAGCUGAGGCACCUGGAGAACUUGCCCUCUCCUCAUAACAAGUUCUGGGUUCCCUGCAUGUGGUUCGUCAGCCUGGCUCUAAGAGCCCGGACUGAAGGUCGCAUCAACAACGACGUGGCACUCACAGCUAUUCUCACUGAGUUGAAUAGUUUACGGGCAAAAUGUAUGAAGCUGUACGGUUAUGACUGGAUCAGCCUCCCUCUUGUCUAUACUCAGGUGGUGACAGUGGCUGUCUACAGCUUUUUCCUGGCUUGUCUGAUUGGACGACAGUUUUUGGAUCCAGCUCAAGGCUACCCUGGUCAUGAUCUGGACUUCUACCUGCCAGUUUUCACCCUGUUGCAGUUUUUCUUCUAUGUCGGUUGGCUGAAGGUGGCUGAGCAACUCAUAAACCCUUUUGGUGAAGAUGAUGAUGACUUUGAGACCAACUGGCUUGUUGAUCGCAAUUUACAGGUCUCCUUGUUGUCUGUGGAUGAGAUGUACGACAGCCUGCCGUUGGUUGAGAAGGAUAUGUACUGGAACGAGUCCGAACCUCGACCUCCCUACACUGCUGCCAGUGCUGAACACUGUAAACCCUCCUUCAUGGGCUCAGCUCUGGAUAUCAGUGUUCCUAAGGAGGACAUGGAGUUCCAGUCCAAUCUGGAGCAGAUCAAAGAACACGAGGAAGCAAACUACUCCACACCACUGCUUGGAGGGCUGGGCCGCCUCCUCGGUGUCCAGUCCCCUAACUUUCCUCGCUCCUCCCGGGUCUCUCUGCUACGUCGCCGACCUGGAGCUCCGCUAAGUCGCUUCCCCCUGUACCUGCACCAAGAAUCUCCAUCACCUUUGAGUCAAACCCGCCAGCCCUUGAACCAUGAGCGAGAUCCAGACUAUGCCUUCUCUACCAUGCCCCUGUACGAGAGGUCGGGUUUCUACAGCUGCCCACAAACACCCAUCCACUGCGUGCCCCCUGCGGUGCCCCGUCCUCGAGCCACCCGGAGAACUCAGAAUGAGUUUGAUCGCAGCUGCAGCUCUCUGGCUCAUCCAUCGGUGGGUUCACAGUUGCUGCCUCCUGACACCCCCAACCACAUCCCCCCACCGCCCUCCUCUGCUUUCCCCUGGCUGAGUGAGGAUGGUGAGGUGCCUUGUGCUCCGACCUUCUCCUUCCCUGAUCUUCCAACUGAACUGUGUCCAAUAUCUAAACUCAGACCUGGACAUGGCUUACUGUCUCGUCGCCCUCCACCUCCCCGCCUCACUCUGGACACCUUGCCAUCGGCCGAGAGCCAGCCCGGACCCCUGAGUGCUCGGGCACAAGGAACUGGAGGGGAAAAGGUGUUCUCAUUCACUCCUCCCUCUCGCCCAGCAGCUGCAGCAGCAAAUCCCAGUAAUCCCAGCAGCAGCUCUAGCAGCAUUAAUGCAACAAGCACCAACAGCACUGGCACAACAGGAAGUCUCUGCAACGGUAUAAGUCUCAGUAAUUUUAGCAACCACGGGAACUUCAGCACCAACAUGAGAGCGAGCAACGGGGGCACCAAUGGCAGCCAGAGCAAUAACAUGAACACAGUUUCCACUUCGGCGUCAUCGCAGCAAGAAGCCAAUCAGCCAAACUCGCCCAAUGAUUCAGGAAUCUCAUUGGCUGAAGGGGACCUGCUGGGCGUGUUAGUGGACGGAGGGGUGAACAAGGCGGCUGGGGGAAGGGAGCAGGACUCAGAAAAGAAGGUGUGA